CACUUUGCCACUUUCCUAUGUUUGGCUGGAUCUUAGCAGAAGCCAAAGUCGGUUUCCGAAAAUUAAUGUUUCUUUCAGAAUCUCAUGCUGACACACUGCACUCUCUUCAUUCUCACACACAUAUAUACCAAUAUUUUCAUCGUCUCUAAACACAUCAAAUUCCCUUCUUUUUUGUUUUUUUCAUACAUAGAUCACCAAUUUCUCUCAUACCCAUUUCUUAAAAUCCCCUAAAAAUUAAUGGGCCACUCACGUUUUCUCAUGAUUCUUCUUGUUUCAUCCAUUCUCCUUCUCUCCUUUGGCCAUGGUUUUGGGAGAGUGGCAAUGAUGGAGAGAGUUGAAGAUGCAGAUUCUAACAUGGAGCAUGAUAGGAAAAUGAGGCAAGUGUUUGAAGUUAUGGAUUAUUCAGAUCCAGAGCCAAAUACAAAUCCCAAGAGUGGUUAUACUUUAACCCCUCCCACAGCACCAAUAAUCCCUCCAGCUUCUCAACCAUCAGCUUAAAUGUAACAACAAAUUAAUUAGAAUUUUCAAUUUUUCAUUACUUUGUAGAAUAAGUGUGAUACCACUUGUUGAAAAGUUCGACGGAGUGGUUAAAAAUAACAAAUUAAUGAUCAAAUCUCUAAAGAUAUAUGGAUGCUAUCUUCACUUAAAACUCUUAAGUUAAGUUUUAGGUGUUUAAAUUAGAUCGCUUCAUAUAUAGGUCUUAAUUAGUUCA